AAGACGGCGUCUUUCAACGAUUUGCAGGUCAAUACUCUGUUGAUAAAAUUCGUCAUAAAGCUUCUCAUGGCCUUGACAAACAAUGGCACCUUCAAGAGUGUCACAAAUUUUUAGAGUUCAAUGCUGGACAAGGAUCCUGA